UUUCUCCAGCAUUUGGCUCAAGGCGCCAAGGGCACAUGUGACAAGAAGGUGCCAGCUUUAUAAACCUUGGAACUUCUUCUGUGUCAGUUCUGAGACAUACAAUUUACUAAAACACAUCAUGAAGGCCUGUUUUGAAGAGAAGGGGAAUAAGACUGCAUCUGUUCAUAUGAGACAGGAUCUGACUCUGUUGUCCAGGCUGGAGUGCACAAGAACAAUCUUGGCUCAAUGCAGCCUCUGUCACCUUGGCUCAAGUGAUUCUCCCAUCUUAGCCUCCAGAGUAGCUAGGACAACAGGCGUGCACCACCAGGCCCUGCUAAUUUUUUCUAUUUUUUUGUAGAGACAUGGUUUUGCCAUGUUGCCCAGGCAGGUCUUGAACUCCUGUGCUUAGGCAAUCCACCUGCCUCAGCCUCCCAAAUGAUGGGAUUACAGGUGUGAGCCACCACACCUGGCCCAAAACAUUACUUAAAUUAAUUCACACAAAAGAAGAGAUAGGCAAGAAUUGUUAAUCCACCUUCUUAGUGCUAAUAUGAAUUUGAAACAUCAAAAUUUGAAUAUCUAUGAUUGAUAGACACCUUUUUUCUUAUUUCCAAUUUAAUUAUUUAUGAUACACAUUUGAAAGUGUAAGAAAUUCAGGAAUUUACAAUAAAUUAUAGUACGAUGGAUAUUAAAUAUAUUAAAUGUAUUAAAAAUGUGUCUCUAAAUGAAAUAUUUAUAUUCAUAUUGUUAGCAUUCUAAUUUCACUAUACUAUUCCUGUGUACACCGGUGUGUUGGGUAAAAUUUUUUGUUACUAUACAUUUUUUGGCUCUCCAUUAGAGAAAAAAAUCAUAGAAAGGCAAAUUUUUUAAGGUAUAAAAAAUAAUUUAGCCUGAUCUUUGAGUAUGUUUGUGCACAUAUAAUGCUACUUUGACUGCUGUAGUAAAAUAAUCCAGAUUUAGUCACCAUAGCUAAGAAUGAGAAAAAGCAUUUGUGAUAGUUUGCUGAGAAUGCCAUCAUUUUUUGAUAAAGGUUUAAGUACUGUUUUACUAUUUGAUCUUUUAAAGAUUGUUAAAAACUAAGAAGUGUUGAUUUCUGCUAAUAAAAACAGCUUAAAAUUUAAAUCAUGGAAUAGAAUGGUGGAGCUGUGGUGGAGAUACUUUGUCUUAUUAAUUGAAAUGACAUUUUGAGAUCCAGUGCGGCUCACUGAAUUUCCCUGUGAGGAGAGUUUGUGGUGAUGACCCCACAACAGACAAGCUACUAUCCAAAAAAACUCCUCACAUCAAAUCAAUUUCCAGUUUCUUCCAAGUUGCAGGAGGAUGCCUAGACCUUGGUUUUAUUCUCUUCUUUGACCAAAGUAUUACAAAAGGAAGAAAAUCAUUACCAUUUUCAUGUCAGGAGGGUGGAUGGAGAUGGACUUAGCCUGUUUUCGGUGUUACAUCUCUUGCCCUGUAUAAGGGUUAGUUGACUGUUUAUGAUACAUUCCGGUAUUUCCCAUUUUUGUUUUGGUUCAUUUCUAAGUGUGCAUUAUAAUUUUAGUAUUAAAGUUUUUGAUUAGGAGAAAUGUCUCAUAGAAAUUAUUAUUACUCAUCUGAUUAUAUACUGAAGGGAAAAAUCAAUUAGUUGUAUAUACAUUCUUAUACAACUCUAAGAUAGUUGAAAUAGGAACUUUCUUAUUUAGUUGCAUCAUGAGGAAAUUUGAGAUGAUGUUAUCUGCCAAGCGCAGAUCUCUCCAAAGGAUUUCUUCUAGCCUUAAUUAUCCACCUCACAGGACAAACCUUUGCCAUUCCCCAUCUAUUUUUUCUUUCGGCUCCUUAAUUCCUGACACAACAAAGUUGUACAUGUUUCCCACACUCUUGGUUUAGCAGAGUUCUUUUAUCAGUUAUGUUUUUCUGCAAGAGAAAACCCUCUAAAACAUUAGACAUAUAUAUCUCACAUGUCUUUGGAUUUCAUUUGUGUGUGUGUGUGUUUUCUGUUCUUUGAGAUGGAGUCUCACUCUGUUGCCCAGGCUGGAGUGCAGUGGCACUAUCUUGGCUCACUGCAACCUCCACCUCCAGGGUUCAAGCGAUUCUCCUGCCUCACCCUUCUGAGUAGAUGGGACUACAGGCACACUCCACCGAGCCCACCUAAUUUUUGUAUUUUUAGUAGAGACGGGGUUUCACCAUGUUGGCCAGGAUGGUCUCAAUCUCUUGACCACGUGAUCUGCCCUCCUCAGCCUCCUCCACACCUGGCCUGGAUUUCAUUUUUCUAAGCUGGGUUUGAUGGAUGGCUUUGGUGAUUUGAGAUGGGCCAAAUUCGGCAUCUUGGAGAUAGAGUUUUGCCAAUUUAGUCUGGAUCAGGUGGGGGCAAUCUGACUUCAUUAGUUUCUCAUUCUCCUUCUGGGAACAGUGUACUUGCGAGGAGAUAUUCUCAUGGUAAAUGGAAAGAGGAAGAAUCCCCAGUAUGGAAGCCAUCUCAAAUCUCUAUGCAAAGUGUAGUAAUUUUCUGUUUAUCAAAGUAAGUUAAAUGAUUGAACUCCAAGUUCAGGGGAAAGGUAGUCAGUCUUCCUGUGAUAGGAGGAUACUGCAAGAUUAUAUACCAAAGGGUCGGGUACUCAGGAAUUCUUAUAAAAUGGCUACAUAUUUUAUAUAAUAAUAAAUAUUUAAACAUUAGACUUGAGAGAAACUUUACCAAAGGCCUAAGAAUUAGAGAUAUGUUUGAUAAAUAAAUAUUAUUCAUGGGCUGAAAACUCUUGAGUGGGAAAAUAGGGCUAAUUUCAUCCGGACAACUUCUUGGAAACUCAUUUUUUAUUUUGGAAAUUAUGAGAAAAUAAUUUGUUCCAUUCAUAAGUGGUGUGCACAUGCGUGUUCAUAUUUAUGAGCUUGUGAAUAAUGAAGUUAUACAAAAGUAUUAGCAGUAACCAAAUCUUAUGGAGUAUUGGCCUGCCUGUGGUUCUCAAGAAAAUCUUAGAUGCUUUUGAUAAAAGCAGUUUGGAUUCUGUGUAUAUAAAUCUGGCAUUUUAAAAAGUCCAUAUUGGUAAUGAUCUUAGUUGUGACCAAGCUCCCUUUAAGACUUUAGACAUUUGCUAUAUGAUCUAUUUGUUGGGUUAUAAAACUUCCCAAACAACUGAAGUUGCUAAAGACAAAUGAUGGAGAGGUUACACAAAGAAAAAUUGCAAACUCUGAAAGAGAGUACGUUCUUAUUUGUGUACUAGCAAAUGAGGAUUCAGGUUUCCGGUCAAUUUCACUAUGAAUAAUUCCAGCCUGUAACAAGAACAAACAGUGAAUGAAUGAGUUAAUUUGAGUUGUUUGAAAAUAAGAAUGUUUUCCAUAAAGAGAUCAUUGAACUCAUCAGUUAACGUGCCAUGGUGAUUUCUGGCUUGACACUGGUCACAACAUUUAAAAGUAAAAAGAAUGACCCAGCAGAUUUACAAAUUAGGUGCAUAUAGAAUUUAAGGUCAGGAUAUUCAAGCAAUCACAACCAGUGAUACUACAUUGAGAGGUGAAGCCAGCUGGACUUCCUGGGUGGAGUGGAGAUUUGGAGAACUAUUCUGAAGCUAGCAAGGGGAUUGUAAAAUGCACCAAUCAGUGCUCUGUAAAAGGCACCAAUCAGCACUCUUUAGGUAGCAUGGGGAUUAUAAAAUGCACCAAUCAGCACUCUUUAGGUAGCAUGGGAAUUAUAAAAUGCACCAAUCAACACUGUAAAAAUGCACCAAUCAGCACUCUAGCUAGCCAGAGGAUUGUAAAAUGCACCAAUCAGCUGUCUGUAAAAGGCACCAAUCAGCACUUUGUGAAAUGCACCAAUCAGUGCUCCGUAAAACGCACCAAUCAUCGGGAUCCUAAAAGUAGCCAAUCACAGGAAGGAUUGGAAAAAAGGGCACUCUGAUAGGACAAAAAUGGAACAUGGGAGGGGACAAAUAAGGCAAUAAAAGCUGGCCAUUCCAGCCCACGGCACAACCCACUGAGGUCCCCUUCCACCCUGUGGAAGCUUUGUCCUUUUGCUCUUAACAAUAAACCUUGCUACCACUCAGUCUUUGGGUCCACGCCGUCUUUAGAGCUGAAACCUUGCUACUGCUCAGCCCUGGGUCCAUGCCAUCUUUAAGAGCUGUAACAUCACUGCAAAGGUCCGUGCCUCCAUUCUUGAAGUCAGCGAGACCACGAACCCACCUGCAUGAACCAACUCCGGAUACAACACCAGCAUUUUAAAAAUUUCUUUUUGUCUGUUCAGACAUGAUAACUUUUCUGCCCAUCAUAUUUUCCAUUCUAGUAGUGGUUACAUUUGUUAUUGGAAAUUUUGCUAAUGGCUUCAUAGCGUUGGUAAAUUCCACCGAGUGGGUGAAGAGACAAAAGAUCUCCUUUGCUGACCAAAUUGUCACUGCUCUGGCGGUCUCCAGAGUUGGUUUGCUCUGGGUGUUAUUAUUAAAUUGGUAUUCAACUGUGUUGAAUCCAGCUUUUUAUAGUGUAGAAUUAAGAACUACUGCUUAUAAUAUCUGGGCAGUAACCGGCCAUUUCAGCAACUGGCUUGCUACUAGCCUCAGCAUAUUUUAUUUGCUCAAGAUUGCCAAUUUCUCCAACCUUAUUUUUCUUCGCUUAAAGAGGAGAGUUAAGAGUGUCAUUCUGGUGAUGCUGUUGGGGCCUUUGCUAUUUUUGGCUUGUCAUCUUUUUGUGGUAAACAUGAAUCAGAUUGUGUGGACAAAAGAAUAUGAAGGAAACAUGACUUGGAAGAUCAAAUUGAGGCGUGCAAUGUACCUUUCAGAUACGACUGUAACCAUGCUAGCAAACUUAGUACCCUUUGCUCUAACCCUGAUAUCUUUUCUGCUGUUAGUCUGUUCUCUGUGUAAACAUCUCAAGAAGAUGCAACUCCAUGGCAAAGGAUCUCAAGAUCCCAGUACCAAGGUCCACAUAAAAGCUUUGCAAACUGUGAUCUCCUUCCUCUUGUUAUGUGCCAUUUACUUUGUGUCUGUAAUAAUAUCAGUUUGGAGUUUUAAGAAUCUGGAAAACAAACCUGUCUUCAUGUUCUGCCAAGCUAUUGGAUUCAGCUGUUCUUCAGCCCACCCGUUCAUCCUGAUUUGGGGAAACAAGAAGCUAAAGCAGACUUUUCUUUCAGUUUUGUGGCAAAUGAGGUACUGGGUGAAAGGAGAGAAGCCUUCAUCUCCAUAGAUUCAGAAGAGGGGCAUUGUGUAUCUUCUAGCAGAAAACAAACUGGUGGUGUAUGAAACAUUUGUAUUUCUUACUGUGCUUUCUGUAAUGUAUGUGUAUGAAUAAUUUCCAAACAUAUACCUAGAUAAAUCUUUAACCUAGGCCAAAAAAAGUAUGUAUGUGUGUGUGUAUGUGUGUGUGAAAAACUUAAGAACAUUGACAAUAACAUACUCUUUUUUGUUUUUUCAUAUGAACUGUCAGAUUAUACAAAAUAUGACAAAAAUUCCUCAGAAUUAUGAAGCCAUGUGUAUUUCAUUCAUGUAUUUUAUCUUUCAUUUGUAGAAUUUACAAUGUCUAUUUAUAAUUAUUAAAACUAACAGCUUAUCUCAGGAAAGAUAUUGCUGUUUUCUAUUGUUAUUUGAACCACAGAAAUAUACCACAGUGUGCUUAGAAUUCAUUGUUUGAACCUCUAUCUUAUUGGAUGGUAAGGUCAUUCAAUUCUAAACCAAUAAUGUGGAUGUAUCUUUGGGGUUUUAUUCCAUUAUGAAUUCCUAUUUUAUGGUUAGUAAAAAGCAAACAGAAUUAUUGUUAGAAAACAAUGCACACUAUAGAAUUCUAGUGACAAGUAUAGGUACAAUAAAUUUCAUAUAUGUCUACCAUAAACAGUACUGAAGAAUACUAGAUUUAAAGCAAGUAUGUGAAUAGCUUAGAAAAAAAUCUCUUUGAUAAUAAAGGGAGGAAAUAUCAUGAUCAUGGUCUUGAUUGCUAUUAUCGGUUUCCAUACGCAGUUAGAAACGUCAUUUCUUCCAGCUUUUGAAUUAAAGAAAAGCUGUUUUUGAAGUUGAGAUCUGAUGUAAAUUAUUUUAGUAUUUUUUUCUAAGGCACUUCUAAGCCCCUGAAUUGCUAAUUAUAUCAUCUUCCAUUUACAAAAUUCCUUCUAAACUUCAGAUAAGAGAACUCAAAUCUUCUCUUUUCUAAAAAAAAAAAAAACUAUCAAUGUAAAAAUAAUAUAGAAAUUAUGGAAAAUAAUUCAGUGAAACUUUUUGUAAAUGUUAAAAUAGUAUCUAUGAAAUCUAUGUAUUAAUUAUGGGAUGUGCCUUACCAUUGUAAUUUUGUUGUCAGUGAUGAAAGUGUUUUGACAUAUUCAUUAACAGGAAGUUCUAUUAUAAGAAAGAAAUGUACAGUCUUGUUCACAGCUAAAUUCUAUAUGACUACAUUAAUUCUUGGUGUUAUGAAGUUUUAACAGUGUUAUUUAAUGUUAUUUAAACCUUAAGAUAAAUCAUCCCCACACCUGAUUUAUGUAAUUUUUAAAUCAUAUAUCUUCCUCAGUACAAUGUAAGAACUGUAAAGAAAGAGAUCAUGUCUGUCUUGCUUUCUAUUGACUCCCAGGACCUAGAACCCAGCACCAAGAAUAGAUGGCCAAAAAUGAUACUUUAAUGAACAAAUAAAUGGGUGGCUAAAAUGGAUAAGUUGAUGUGGUAAAUCAAUGAAAAGGAAACUCAUCACAAAAUCUGCAGUUGCAUGAAAUCCCCUGUUCUGGUCUCAGGUUGAGGUUGCAGGCUUAUCCAAGCAGAAUCCUUCCUCAGAGGAAAAGUUUGGCUAUUCCACAAUUUUAGGGGAAAUAUCACACUAGUGAUAUAUAUAGUGAUAUAUAGUCACACUAUAUAUAUAUAUAGUGAUAUAUAGUCUUGAUGCAGCUGUGUCAGGUGUCUGAAUUGGAGACAAGGUAAAACAUCAAAAUUAGAUGGCACCUUGGAAGGCUGAGGCGGGCGGAUCACGAGGUCAGGAUAUCGAGACCAUCCCGGCUAAUAUGGUGAAACCCCGUCUCCACUAAAAAUACAAAAAAAAUAGCUGGGAGUGGUGGUGGGCACCUGUAUUCCCAGCUACUCGGAAGGCUGUGGCCGGAGAAUGGCGUGAACAUGGGUGGCAGAGCUUGCAGUGAGCCGAGACCGCGCCACUGCAUUCCAACCUGGGCGACAGACAAAAAAAAAAAAAAGAAAAAAUUAGGUGGCACCUAUGACAAUACUUUAAAAAGCAUAUAAAAGACUUUGGUCUAUUGGCAUAAGUAUUUUUUUAUUGUGAAUUAUAUAUUUGUGUUAUGGUAUUUUCUAGUUGAUUAUUAGGUAAGCAAAAUGGCAUUUCAUUUCAAAAAAUUGAGUUAGUAACCAGCUACUUGACCAAAAUGUUUUUAAUUAAUACCUGUUAAUAAAAGUGAUGACAUUUAUUUAGAAGUAAAGUUCAAGACAAAAAUGGCAGGGACAUGUGGAAAUUGAGACAGGAAGAAAUGUGAAACAAUGCUCUAGUCGCUUUGAAUUCUGCUGGGUCAUCUGGCACAGUGGCCAUAGCAGCUUGGACCAGAGCCUGUAUCUGCUGUAGAGCCCUCUUUUGUUCUGGGUUCCACUUGAGACCAGUAGCCUUUGGAAACUUUAUUAAUGAGUCAGAGCAAUAUUUUCAAACGUGGAAUAUGUUGGCUCCAAAAUCUCAAUAGGUCCCCAAAACAUUGUAUCUCUUUUGUAGUGAUAGGAAGUACAUAGAGAGAGCAACAUGCCAUUUACUUUAAAAAAGAUUGUUUUGACAUGUGCCCUAGGGACACUGCACACCUUAAAACAUCACCUAUGCUGUAGGUCCCUGAAUCUUCUCAGGUUUAUUUCUUUUCUUCUGGUAUUUUACUUCCAUCCAACAUUAGGGUAUUUUACUAUAUUUAAUAAACUUGCAACUUCCUGAUUAUUGUACCAACUAAUACUUUAUUAUUAUUGUUAUUAUUUUGAACAGGGUCUCAUUCUAUCCCUGAGGCUGGAGUUCAGUGGCAGGAUCACACCUCAUUACAGCCUCAACCUUCUGGGCUCAAGUGAUUCUCCCACUUCCGCAUUUCUAGCAGCUGGGACUGCAGGGGUACAACACCUUGCCUGGCUAAUUUUGGUAUUUCCUGUAGGGGUAGGAUUUCACCAUGUUACCCAGGCUGGUCUCAAACUCCUGGGCUGAAGUGAUCUGUCUGUGUCGGCCUCCAAAAGUGCUGGGAUUACAGUCAUGUGCCACAGGGCCCGGUCUGUAAUAUUACUAAUAUAUUAAAUUAGCACGAUGUUUUAAAAAAUGUAAAUUAAACUGAGAACAGAAGUGACAUAGCCCUGACAUACAACAGUGAAGCAGUGCUAUUAUUCUUACAAUACAAGCCAAAUUGUUUUGAUUUUCCCGCAUAAUGGGUGUAGAUUAACAAACAUUCACCAAAUCAUGAGCCCUGUAAAAAGUAUCAAAAGCUCUGCUCUGCUCAGUGAAGAUAGCACAUCCUGGAAAGCAUUUGUGAGUGUUGAUUGAAGUUUAUGGUAGUCUGCAUUCACUAUAACCCGUCUGUCUUUGGUAGAGGCCAGAUAGGUUAAGUGAAUCGGGUUAUAGAAAGGACUACCAUCCCCUGUAACUUUCAAGUGUUUUGUCAUGACAGUAACCAGUUCCAUUCCUUGGGGAAUGCAGUUAUUAUAUUUUAUACAUUGUGUUGCCAAUGGAGGAGAAUUUCAGAGGCUUUCCCUUGGUCCUGCUAUAAUAAUGUUCCUUACUCUACAGUUCAGGAAGAAUGUGAUAGUUCUGCCAGCUGCCAUACGUAUCCAUUUCAAUUACACAUUCAGGAAGAGGCAAUAACUACAAACUGGUCAGAUCCACCUUGGGAUAGACAUGAGCCGAAGCUCUGGGCAGCAUCUGACCUUCAAGAACUCCCACUGCAGGCUGGAUGUGAUGGCGCAUGCCUGUAGUCCUAGUACUUUGGGAGGCCAAGGUGGGAGGAUCCUUUGAGAGCAGGAGUUCCCCUCGCAACAUAUGGAAACUCUGUCUCUACAAAAAAUUUAAAAAAUUAGCUGGCGGGGUGGUGCAUGCCUAUAGAUCCAAAUACUUGGGAAGCUGAGGCAGGAGGAUUGCUUGAGCCCAGGAGUUCCAGGCUGCAGUGGGCUAUGAUCCUGCCACUGUACUCCAGCUUGGGUAACAGACGGAGACUGUCUCGGAGUAAGAAAAAUAAAAAAGUGCAAGUUCUCACUGGUAUCUUAAAUAUCAAGUAAAAAGGGAUCAAAUCAAUAAUUAACAAUCUUUGGUUCCUGCCUAUAGCAAACAGGUAAAAUGGAAAGUAGUUAUACAAAGGGUAUAUUAACUCCUAACAAAAUUAAACAAAGCCAGUUUUUUUUCAUCUCCUUUCAUUUUUUUUUUUUUUUUUUUGAGACAGGGUGUUGCUCUGUCUCCCCGUUGGAGUGCAGUGGUGUGAUCUCAACCAAUUACAACCUCCGUCUCCUGGGUUCAAAUGAUUCUCCUGCCGCAGCCAACCAAGUACUUAGGAUUAUAGGCAUGCACAACCACAACUGGCAAAUUUUUGUAUUUUUAGUGGAGACAGGGUUUCACCAUGUUGGCCAUGCUGUUUUCUAACUCCUGACCUCAGGUGAUCCACCUGCCUCGGCCUCCCAAAGUGCUGGAAUUACAGGCCUGAGCCACCGUGCCCAGCCUAUCAUCUGCUUUUUAUAGGUAAUUAUACUGAGGCAGGCAGUAGUUGUAAAAUGGAGUCUCACAUCAUAUCUAUAUGAAACAGGGAAUCUGGUUUCCUGUCUUUGUAGUCUGACUCGAAGAUCCCCUCUUAGAAACCAUUAUAGUGUAAAAACUGAAAAGAUAUAAAAUCCAAGAUUGGAGACUGAUUUUAAUAUCUAUUCAUCUUAAACCAUUUAGUAAUCAAAAAUAAAUAGGGAAAAAUAAAGCUGGAUAUUCAUACAUAGAGAAGUGUAGAUUCUUCAAUGGAAAACAUGCUUUUUAAGUGUCCAAGGAAUAGUUAUAAAAUUUCUGAGUAUUUUAAUUAAAUAACUAAGAUUUAAGUGUUAGACUCAUGAGAAUAACUUAGUCAAAGGCCUAAGCAUGAGAGAUUAAGUUUGAUAAACAUUGAAAAUGGGCUGAAAAGCCUGAGUAAGAAAAUUAAUUACUUUUUCAUUUUAGAAAUUAUAGGACAACAAUUUUUCCCAACCGUCAGGGGUGUACAUAUGUGCAUGUGAAAGUGCUUAUGUUAACGAGCUUGUUAAUAAUAAGUUAUACAAAAUUAUUAGUUGGCAGCAACCAGAUUUUAAGGAAUAUUGGCCUUCUUGGGCUUCCGAAGAAAACCUUGGAUGCUUUUGGUAGGAAAAGUUGGGAUUCACUCUCCAUAAAUCCGGCGUUGAAAAAAUGAAUCAACAGUGGUCAUGAUUCUAGUUUUGACCAGGCUACAUAUAACAGUGUAGGCAUCUGAUGUAUGAUCUAUGUAUUAGGUUGGAAAAUUUCCCUUACAACUGACAUUGCUGAAUACAAAUUAUAUAGAGGUUAAACAAGGAAAAAAAUUACAAAAUGAUGAAUAAGAAUAUGACUUGAUUUGCAUGCUAGCAAAUGAGAAUUCAGCUUUCACAUCAACAUCAGUAUGAAAAUUUUUAUCUUAUAACAAGGACAUAGUAUUUGAAUAGGAGUUAAUUUGAGCUGUUUUGGAAAUUAUCAUGUUUUCCAUUAAGAUAGCCUUGAACUCAUUCAAUAGCAUGCUCCGGUGGUUUCCUGCUUGGCAUUAGUCAGAGAACUUAAAAGGAACAGGAACAUUACUGCACAACCAGAAAUCAGGUGCACAUAGAAAUUAAGGUCAGGACCUUAAAGGGAAUCUUGCCCAUUGAUAUUAGUCCUGCCCUAAAAAAAAGUCGGACAUGGUAUAUUUACUACUAAUCAUUUUUUUUCCAUAACAUUAGUGGUAGAAUUUGUAUUUUCCCAUGGGCACCUACAUUACACUUAUAGACUAUUUUGAUAUUUCAACCUAUUAUUUUCUUUGAAUCCUUUUAAGGAGUUGUUAAACAAUGCUGAAAUUUGCCUUACAGUAUGCUGUUAACGAAUCAUAUUUCUCAAAGUCAUUUGACAUAAUGGUUGGUUAAAGGAAAUAUGUCUAGCAUAGUUAUACCCGUUCAUAACAAAAGAGUAUUUAAAUCUUUAAGAAAAAAUAUUAGAAAAGCUAAUAAAGGAAUAUGAAUAAAUAAAUAUAUGAAGUAUAUAAUUCAUUAUUAAUAUACGUGCAUGAAAUCAUGGUCAUAGAAUUUAAAAAGGGUAAUAAUUUUUGAAUUAAGGAUACAUUCUGAACUAUAAUAGAAAAAGGCUUCAAAAAUGUUAGGUUUAUAAUGUUUCAUAUACAUACAAAAGUGUAAAAAUUAGUCUGAUGUUACUUAUUUUGGAAAGCAUAUGAAGCAAUGGGAAUUUUCAUACAUUGCUCCUAGAAUUGUAAAUCAGAGCAAUUACUUUGUCUGAGUAUGGCAUUAUCUGAUUAAGUUGAUGGAUCACAUUUGAAGACCCAGUAUUUGCACUCUUAUCAGAAUAUAUGUGCACACACAUGCAUAUCACCGAGUUUUAAUAGCUAAAGUUGAGAAGUCUCUCAAAUAUCCAUCAGUGAUAAAAUGGAUAAGUAAAUUAUGGCAUACUUGUACAAUAGAAUACUAUACAGCAAUCAAAAUGAACUGUUGGAGACAUAUGCUCGGAGUAGCCAAAAGAAAUCCCCACUUGGACAAUUUCUCAGCAAGGCACCUUUACGUCGGCAGAAGGGUGCUGCUUGCACCUGUUACAAUCCCAAGAGAAGAGCAUACCUAACAAAGGAGGGAAGGAGUUUUUAAUCCUAACACAGUUCCUGUUUCUGUGUCCUUCCCUUAUUGGCUGGGGUUGGAUUGCACAAUCUAAGCUGAUCCUGAAUGGCUUAGACUUAAACUUUUCCAAAUAGGGUAAACGCACAUUUUGGAAAAAGAAGGAUUCAUUUACAACAUUUACAACUUAUGGCUGGAAAGUUGAGUCUUUAAAGAGGAAUUUAGUUGUCCUAACGGAACCAGCUAGAGUGACAUGUUUACAAAGAAUAUAAAUAAAAAGAAAAA